UUUAAUCACGUAUUCUGAGUCCAGCUAACAGGCCAACAUUUGUGUAAGGCUAGAAUUCGCCAAUCCUACAGACAAUGAAAACUUGAUAAUCGAGAGCGCACACUGCAAAGUCCUUUCGGUUUCGACUUUCGACAGGUCUACAAAUCCAGGAAAGAAGAACAUAUUUUUUCGACAGAAGAAGUAUUUCUUUAAUAUAUGUUUUUUGAUAUUUGCUAUAUCGCGCAUCAAGUUUUACAACAGUAUGGCACUUCUUGAUGUCAGUGGAUUUAAGUCUCAGUCGGAGCUAGGAGCUUUCAGAACUGAAUCGUUGCAACAGUGGAACAGAGCAGAUCACUUUACUUUUGGGUCUAAGUGUCAAGAAUUUGCCCUUCCUGUUGGAGUAGAUCCUGUUGGAUUUCUGAAGUCAUGUAGUGGCGAGAACGGUGUGUCUAUAGACCUGAACCAUGGGACAACAACGCUGGCUUUCAAAUUUCGCCAUGGUGUCAUUGUUGCUGUUGACUCUAGAGCCUCUGCUGGGCGCUAUAUAGCAUCAAAGGAUGUCAAUAAGGUGAUAGAGAUAAACCCUUACCUUCUGGGGACCAUGUCUGGCAGUGCUGCAGACUGUCAGUACUGGGAGCGGCUGCUGGCCAAGGAGUGCAGGCUUUAUAAGCUCCGCAAUAAGGAGAGGAUCUCAGUGUCUGCUGCUUCUAAGCUGCUGUGCAAUAUGAUGCUGGGAUACAGAGGCAUGGGUCUCUCAGUGGGCAGCAUGAUCUGUGGAUGGGACAAAAAGGGCCCAGGUCUCUACUAUGUGGAUGAUAAUGGUACCCGCCUCUCCGGACGCAUGUUCUCCACAGGCUGUGGAAAUGGCUAUGCAUAUGGCGUGGUGGACAGUGGCUACCAUGAGGACAUGACUGUAGAGGAGGCCUAUGAGCUGGGCCUACGUGGUAUCACCCAUGCCACACACAGAGACGCCUACUCUGGUGGAGUGGUUAACAUGUACCACAUGCAAGAAGAUGGCUGGAUUAAGGUGUGCCAGGAGGAUGUGUCAGAGCUCAUCCAUCGCUACAGGAAGGGGAUGUUCUAAAUGUUACAAACCAGUCCACACCUAUUUACACCAUAAAAUUCACAAUAAAAUAACUCUUUCUCAA